CAAGUUUUUGCAUUCGCAGAUGACAUCCGUAUGUGAUACACUGUUGUCAUCGGACGAUGAGGAUGCAAACAAUGAUGACAUCAAGGCUUCUAUAAGUUCUGAAGAUAACGAUACUGACAGCGAAGACGAGUCGGAAGGUAGCUCAAGUGAGGAAGUGGAAGGAGAGGAACUGAACGCACUUCGACAGAGCGCUUCCACAAUUGAUGAACCGUUGUCUUUGGCCAAGUCUUUUUCGGAACUGGGUCUAAGCUCUUGGCUGAUACAGCAACUCAAUACGAUGCGUAUAAUGAAGCCCACACCUGUUCAGGCUAACUGCGUACCUCAAGUGCUGAAAGGACAAGAUGUGCUUGGCUGCGCAAAGACGGGAACAGGCAAAACUCUUGCAUUCGUUCUUCCUAUCCUCAAUGAAUUGGCCGUAGAUCCAUAUGGAAUCUUCGCACUUGUUUUGACACCAACGCGAGAGCUAGCCUCUCAAAUUUACGAUCAGUUCGUUGCGCUUGGAAAACCAAUUGCUCUUAAAGUCUCUCUGAUUACGGGUGGCAGGAGUUUGAUUGAUCAAGCUAGUGAACUUACGGCACGUCCACAUGUAGUAGUGGCUACUCCCGGUAGGCUUGCUGAUCAUAUUGAAAGUAAUCCUGAUGGGCUCGGACAACUAUUCAAAAAAAUACAGUUCUUUGUCCUGGAUGAAGCAGAUCAUAUGCUUGAUGGUCAGUACAGCGAACAGUUGAAAACUAUCUUUCUCGCCAUUCCCAAGAAACGUCGGACGCUACUCUUUUCUGCGACUAUCACGAGUGCCAUAACCAAACUUCAUCAGGUCUCGGUAAAGAAGCCAUAUUUCUUCGAGGAUAAACAGGAGAUUGCUACUGUAGAGCGGCUAGAGCAAAAAUAUGUCUUAUGUCCUGUCGCAGUCAAGGAUGCUUAUCUGGUUUAUGUUGUCAAAAAUUACUGUGAACGCAAUGAGCACAGUUCAGUGAUCGUCUUCGCGCAAACAUGUAGGGAAUGCCAAGCUUUAGCUUACAUGUUCGAGGGUUUAGGUUUCAAGGUGGGAUCUCUUCACUCACAAAUUGAGCAAAGGCUACGCACAGCGGCUUUGAAUUCGUUCCGUUCUAAAACACUGCGGGUUUUGAUCUGUACGGAUGUUGCAUCUCGUGGUCUUGACAUUCCUCAUGUGGAUCUCGUUGUUAAUCACAAUGUACCAAAGUGCCCGAAAACUUACGUUCAUCGUGUGGGAAGGUCGGCUCGAGCAGGAAGAUAUGGUGCUGCUCUUACUUUCGUUACACAAUAUGAUGUGGUUCUUAUCCAGGCAGUUGAAGAAUUGAUUGGAAUGAAACUAGAAGAACUAAAGGUGAGCGAUAGAAAAGUAACCCAAUACGUCACGAAAGUGAUAGUGGCCAAACGUGAAGCAGAACUACGAAUGCAGCAGAAUCACUUUGGAGAACGCAAGGAGUCAAACUUGAGAAAGGACCUGUUGAUGAGCGGUGUUCCGGAGAAUGAAGUGGAUAAACGGCUCGAAGAAAUAAGGAAUCCUCGAAAAAAGAAGAAAACGAAGUCAGUCAAAAAUGAUCCAGAUACUGUAAAACGGAAAAAGGUAGUUUGAACUAUGC